UCGAACCCAUACCAUCACAGUGUUUUACCCACUUCAUUCGUGUUUACUACGAUUUCAGGGCCAAAUACGAGAUUGUGGAGUCGCUAUUUAAAGGAAAAACAAAACGCAGUAAAUGAAUAAAAGAUUAAGGUACAGACUAAACUGAACUGGUUGAAACUAGGUCCUUUGAAAGCAGAGAGUGAGUGUGUACCAUGGCAGCUCUGAAGGGAUUCGAUAUCGACGCCCCACGCUGGGAUCAAAGCACGUUCAUGGGGCGUCUCAAACACUUUUUCAACAUCACCGACUCUCGUACUGCACUGCUUCCUGACUCUGAACUUGAUAAAGCUAAAGUAUUAGUGGAAAGCUGCAGAGCUGGGUCUAUCCCUCCAGGCACAACUGAAGAACAGCUUCACUAUGCAAAGAAACUGUAUGACUCUGCAUUUCACCCCGACACCGGUGACCGGAUGAAUAUUAUAGGAAGAAUGUCAUUUCAGGUGCCGGGAGGCAUGGCCAUUACAGGGUUCAUGCUGCAGUUUUACAGGACCGUACCUGCCGUAGUGUUCUGGCAGUGGGUAAAUCAGUCUUUCAACGCUCUGGUCAACUACACCAAUCGUAAUGCCGCAUCACCCAUCACACCAAAGCAGAUUGGAGUUGCUUAUGUAACAGCCACCAGUACAGCACUGGCCACUGCAGUGGGGUUAAACCUCUACACAAAGAGAGCUCCUCCAUUGGUGGCUCGCUGGGUCCCAUUCGCAGCUGUGGCCGCUGCUAACUGUGUGAACAUCCCAAUGAUGAGACAACAGGAGAUUUUUAGUGGCAUCGCUGUGACGGACGAAGAUGGAAAUAAACUGGGUUACUCAAGGAAAGCAGCUGCGAAGGGCAUCACACAGGUGGUCAUCUCUCGCGUUACCAUGGCAGCACCAGGCAUGAUCAUACUGCCCAUUGUUAUGCAAAGGCUGGAAAAAUAUCGAUUUAUGCAGAAAAUCACAUUUCUUCAUGGGCCACUGCAGGUCAUGAUGGUUGGUGUAUUUCUGGUUUUUAUGGUGCCUGCGGCGUGUUCACUCUUUCCUCAAAGAUGUUCUAUGGCUGUAUCCAAGCUGGAACCCGAACUCAGGGAAUCCAUUGUGUCUGAGUACGGAGACCGUAUCAGUUAUGUUUACUUCAACAAAGGCUUGUGAGCGCCGGCCAAUCAGACUGUCCCAUCCAGACUCCAUGCACGGGUCACUGGCCAAUCAGAUGCAGCUUGUCGAGGAUGCGACUGUUUUGUGUAAUUCGCACAAACUAUUAUUAUUAUUAUUUUUAGAAGGUUUUGUUACAUAACCCAGAAAAAUGCUGUAAAGUAUCAUUUCUGGAGUUGGUCCCAACUGCUGCAAUUUGGAUAAGUUUUAGUUUUUUAGAGAACUUAUGGAUGUUACAAAAACUUGUUCCAAGGGCCGUUUCUUGGAUAUGGUCCACCUUGACUAAUCGGGAACAGAUUUAAAUACCCAAAAACUAUGUUUGCCUGAUGCCAACAGGGAAGUCGGACUGCAUUUUAUUGCAUGCAUUUCUCAGGAAGAGUUUAUUUGAAAUCAUUUAAUGAUUUUUGUCAAGUUUGUGUACAACAUUUAGGAAUAUAUACAGUUAGUACAGACUGUAAACGGUUUAUUAUAUCAUUUACAUUAUGAAUGGUGCAGAAUACACAACUAAAUGGCUGUUUUUAAGAUCAUUUCGUGGCCUCAUGUGCCUUAAAGACCAAAAUCCUCUUCAGGUUGGUUUGCUGGAUCAAUACUCUGCCCUCACUGUGAACUCUGAUCUGAGUUAUGUAGUUGUUUUCAUCAUUAUGACAUGGUGAAAUAAACAGACAGCUGUCAAAAUAAACCCAUGGUCUGUUGUAGUUUACUGAAGUGAACCCACAGUGGACCUUGUUUAUUUUUAAACAUUCAUUCCUGCCACAUGGGGGCAGUGUUUGAUCAUUCCUAAAAAAGCAAGAGUGAAUUUGAGAUGCGCAAUACCAAGGGCUUAUUAACACUAAUGUGCUAAAAUUGUUCAUGUUCACAAAUAAAAUACACAAUCUGGCACUGGGUUGCAGAAAAUGUACUGUGAUUAGUAACAGUUCUUAAUAACGAAUGGCAGAUGUGUUGAACUAUUUAAGAAUAGUUAAGA